UUUUUUGCUUUGGAAAAAUGGCACAGGCCUUUGUUUCGACAUACAAGAACCAUUACAGAUGGAACUGCCAGCCGAGAGUCGCACUAUACGAUGCUUCCAAAUUAACAAAAUUGGAACCUGAAGGGGAUUUAUGGCUGUUGGACUUGAAUGGAGAAGCGGAGGAAGAGCUAAAAAAUCUAACUAAAAUUGAGACAGCCAUUAACAAGCUCUAUCUGAGACGCCUAAGGUCUACCUACCAAAUUUCCUACUGUGAUAAGCUGGUGAAACAGACAACAAGAAGGAGUUCAGAGAGUCAAGUUAAAGGCGGAAAUGCGCAAAGAGCCAUCGAAGUGCGCAGCAAAGAUAGUUUUCUUGAUGAUGAGCUGGAAAACGAACUGUUGGAAUAUUGCAAAAAACUCUACGGCAGCAGAAGUCAAAAGAUCAUCCCUCCUCUGAAUUCUGCUAGAAAUGUGUUUGGAUAUAUGAGACCCACAAAACUGCUCACACCUUUGACCAUAUAUCAAAACGAAUAUGGUCGCGUUGGGUACAAUAUUUUAAAGGGCGCUCAAGAGAUGAACGACAGAUAAGUUUGCAAUCAUGUUUAGUCUUUAUCAGGCCAAAUUUCAGCGCGCACAAAAAUUUGUUUUUUUAAAUAAAAUUGCUUCUUCAUAUUCAAUGCGGCCAAAAUAAAAGACAGCAUAAAAUAUUGAAAAUCGUAAAUGGUCAGCGCCGGCUGCUCAAUAUGUGCACAUGUGCAACUCAAAUAUAUAAUUCUGGAAAUACUACUUUCCGUGAAUGGCUUGCUUUUGCCGAUUUACAUUUGUGUAGUUAACUUGAUUGGUUACAGUUAAAAAGAAACUCUGUGCCGAAGAGAUCCAGUAUACGUCCAAAAGUA